UGCAUAGGGACUACCCAGAUGGCUGAAAAAAGUGAUUUCUGACAGGUUCUCACACUUAUGACCAGUCCUCACACUUAUGACCGGUCAUCAUUUAUGCCUGUUGCAGCAUUUUGUGCAUAGGGACUACUCAGAGGGCUGAAAAAGUUAUUUUUGAUCUGUCCUCAUACUUUUGACCGGUCCUCACACCUACAACUGUCCUCACAUUUUAUAAUUUGCACCCUAUCUUGUAACGGUGGUGAAGAGAAGCAGUUGUGAAAUGAGUGACAUCAUUGUUAAAAAUGCUGCAAUGGGCAUAAAUGUGAGGAUGGUCAUAAAUGCGAGGACCGGUCAGAAAUGACUUUUUAUAGCCUUCUGAGUAGUUUCUAUGCCCAUAGCCAGGGCCACCCGGUCACAUGAGUAGCUAGGUUCGCCCACCCAGUCACAUGACCACCAAGCCACACCCCAAAAUAAGCCACGCCCACAGAACCGGUUGUUAAAAAAUUUGAAUCCGACCACUGCCCAGAGCCGUGCAGGCUGCUGAGCCGGAAAUUCUGUGGGACCGCCAGUAAUCUUGGCCAAGGGCAGCCCUGCCAGUCUGGCCCUUCCGGAGAAGGGGGACGUUCUGAGGUGCUACCAACGAAGGGCCUCGGGGGUUGGGGGGGGAAGAAAGGGAUCUCUUUUCCCCCCAGCACUGAAGGCAGCCAAAAUCUCCCUUUCCCCUCCUCUCCUGCUCCAGGCUUAGCACCUGCGCCCGGUCGCCUGCCUUGUCGAGUGCCUGCCUGGCGACGGUUGCCCUGGGCAGCAGCUCCCAUCCCAGCUCCUGCCCACAACACAUACAAAAGCCUUCCCAGCCAGGGCUCCUGCCAGCCGCUCCACAGACCAUGGCCCCAACGGCGGCGGCGUUUGCUCCCAAACUCAGCCAGGUCCUGAUGACCCCGGAGCCCCACUUCCUUCCUGGCUACGGCGGUUACUGUCCCCGCUACAAAUUCACCCUGGGCCAGACUUACGGGAAGCUCACGUCGCAGCUGCUGGCAGCCCCCAGCCGCUCUGGCCGGCUGCUCCUGCAGCCCAACUGCGCCCUCUGCGCCCCAAAGGAGCGGCCGGGGCCCGGCCGGAGGGCCCGGGGCAAAGGCUGCAGCGGGGUCCCGGGCUAUACUGCUCUCCUGUGUCUCCUGGCAGGAUUUGUCCCCAGGGCGCAGCACCACUUUGCCAAGACCUAUGGAGAAAUCUGCAAGCAGGCCUGGCUGGAGUUUGCACCCCAGCAGGAGCUGGGGGGCGGGGGCCAAGCCAGGGAGGUGACCGAAACCCCCCAGCUGGAAAGUAGACCUCUCCCUGCCCUGCCCACGGCUGAGACUGAUGCUGCUGCCGCCCCCCUGGCUUUCUGGCCCCCAGGAACGCCCCUUGCAGGUUCCCUGGAGAGAACCUUUGUUUCAGGCUUCACUGGCUUUGUGCCUCGCCUCCAGUUUCUGAUUGGAGCAAGCUACCCCAUUCUUGCCCACCAGGCAAUGGUGGAGUUUGAUGAGAUGCUGCACAAAACGGGGCGGGACUCUUCACAGAGGGGGGAUUCCCUCCCGCCCCUGGCCAAGACGUACCCCACAGACAGGGGCCUCCUGCCCCACUACAGAGGCUAUGUGCCAGGUUACAAGUUCCAAUUCGGCCACACCUACGGCCACCUCACCCGCAACGCCCUGGGCCAAACCACCCUGGAGAAGCAGGUGCUGGACGUCACGCAGUAGGGGAAUCCAUGGCUCCCUCGCCAGCACCCUCUCUGAGCCCACCUCGCCGUCCUGGGUGGGCUGUGGCCCUGUAAGGCAGGCCGUGGGGAUGCCAGUCUUCAGAUCCAUGGCAUUUUCCUAGUUGGGAGAGGCAAUUUCCCUUGGGUCCCCUAUGGGGGGAGGGGCAGAAGGGGACCUCUGGGGUCCUGGGGGGUCCACUCUACACAGGAGGUGGAAGCACUUCAGUAGUGGCCAGCUGUGCCCCCUCCCCAUGAGGUAUCUGCAUCUGCCUUCUCUGCCCUUGGGUGGCGUCUGGAUCCCCCUCUGACAUUCUCUGGCACAAAGGACCUUUCACCACCCUGGUACAGACCCUGGCAAAAACUCUCUUCCCAGUGUUAAUCCUUGGUGACUGCAAUCCGUUAUAAGCGGGGCUGCCGCCCUUGAUGAUAGCUGGGACUAUUGGGGUGCUGCGGGAGGGGAUGAGUCCAAGGCGGUGCCAUCCAUGGGCCUACCCUGGCAGCACAGCUUCCCACCCCGGGGACGGCCAGGCUUUCAGCAUGGAGGGCUUGUUGGGAGGAGAGCAUUCAAUGGCAAUUCAACCCAUGGCUUCCCAGGCUGUAAGCCAAAAUGGUGACACAAGAAACAAGCCAACCCACUGCAAACUCCAUCAUCAUAACCUGUGGGGUUCGCCCCCACAACUUUGGUGGCAGCUAAGAGUGCACCAUCUGAGUGCCCAGGAUCAGAGGCCCAGAUACCCCUCCCUGUGGGCCUAUAGCCAGUUCUCUGCCAGCCGACCCCUGCCACCUUUGCCAUACCUCCUGCUCUGGCCAAAGGGAGCUGUCUGUGGAGAAGAACCUUUUACAGCAGGGGUCUCCAACGGUGGCAACUUGACUUCAACUCCCAGAAUUCCUCAGCCAGCCAGGGUGGUGGGCAUCAAGGGGAAAAAUGGGGAGCUGCUCUUCAGCUGGGCUUAGGUGAGGGGUAUAAAGGCCUUUUUUCCCCUCAAAAAUAAGUCAAAUCCAGCCGGCAGGUUCAGAUGCCCGAGCAGCCUGCUGAGUUAGUUUAGGGCACAUUCGAUUCCAAGAGCCUGAAAAAGGAGUGAAUUCAGUUGCCAAGGUGGGCCGGUUGGCACACCUAUUAGGCAGGGAUUCUGCCCUGCUGGCAUUAGCUCAAGACACCCCCCCCCCUUCUACUGUCUGCCCCCUUUGCCCAUCUGCUGGCUCAUAGCCGCCCACAGCACAUUCGGGGCAUGUAAAGGCCAACCUGUUGCCUUUGGAUUUCCUGAAUGACCCCUUCAAAAGGAUCACCAACCUGGCAAACUCCUGAAUGAAGCAUCAAGACAGCUCAAAUUAUGUAGAUGGGAGGGGGUUUGGGGG